GUUUAGCUAGCGUUUGAAUAUAUUUAAGAUGAGUAGCGUUAAAUCAUUAUUUUUUGGCAUAAGCUCAUUUACUUUUCACUUGUUUUAACAUGUUAAAUGUUUACAACGAAUGUUCUUUGGCAUUAUUUCGGCAUUUCUCAUAUUACUCCAGAUGGUGGCAGUGUUACACCGAGCAUGCCGAGAUGAAAAACACAAGGAAGACACGUCCUGCUUUCUGGUCAUGAGUUCAAAUUUACAAGCGGGACAAAUAGCUAUAGCUAUCUAGGCUCUGUAGUCUGUCAAACUUUAAUAACAUGGAAUUUGACGAGAGCCUCUUAAUCCAACGUACAAACGCUGCAAAGCUAGGUACAGAGGCGGAACACAAGCAGCGGAUGACUCUCCACUGUCAGCAAUGCAACACCGUCCUGGGGGACUCCCUCGGCGUCUGUGGGGAGAUUACAUGUGUGGACGCUAUCGUGUGUAUAAGAGUAACCGAUGAUGUGGUCAUCAGUGAUGCAAUGGAGUCAGGACAUAAAGACGCAAUGGCUAAUUGCAUCUACAGUUCUCUAACAUGCCGCGGCUGCCGCUGUGCUGUGGGGAAAGUCAUUCACUCUGCCCCGUCGCGUUUGGCCACGGUCCGCUCCAUGUUUCUCCUCUACAAAGCAAACAUCAGUUGUUACAUCCUUGACUGCUGCUCAAUGGUGAAGGCCUCCACACUUACAUUUGAUGUGAAGCCCCUCAGUGAAAGCAUGAAUAAGGUGAGGCAGCAGUUUGAAGUGCAGCUGGAUCAGAUGUCACGCAUUAAGAGCAGACUGGCUGACAGAAGUGUGACCAGUGAAUUUGUCUAGUAGUACGAACAUGCAAUCUCCACUGUACCUAGUCCUGGGAUUAGGGAUGUGUGUUCUCUUGUAUACUUGUUUGUGUUGUAACUUGUGUUUUUUCAGUGUUUCCACGUAAAGC